AGGAAGAAACUAAUGAACGGUGAUCCAACUCAGCAGGGAUUCUCAGGUCUGCCUCGAUUUCAGCUCAACUCCUCUUGAUCCAUUCAGAGAAUACAGCACGACAAUAUUGUAAGUGGGCAUUAUUGAGACACCAAGAGCAAAAGCAACCUUUUCUGCUGAGGAAAACUGCAGGUUCUCUGGCCAAGAAAGAAAGAAUGAAUUCUACAGAAGAGACUGAAAGUAUUGAAACAUUGAUUCAGUACCAGUAUGGAUUUAUGUUUUCAAAGGCCACAUUUACUGCCUGUGAAUUGGGAGUAUUUGAUCUGUUGGAGUCAGAAGGACCCUUGAGUUCCACGACCAUUGCUGAACGUCUGGGCACCAGCCGCUAUGGGAUGGAGCUGCUUCUGGGUGCCUGUGUGGCUUUAAAGCUCCUGAGAACAGAGAGAAAGGAUGAGCAAGUUCUCUAUGGAAACACAGACUUUUCCAGUCUCUAUCUUUACAGAUCGAGUCCAAAAUCUCAGUCUGCUUGUAUGACGUGGCUCUCAGAAAACACCUAUGCAUAUUCAGUCCACUUGACAGAUGCUGUGAGGGAAGGAAAAAACCAACUGGAGAAAUUUCCUGGUCCAAAAAAUGUGUAUGAUCAUGUUUACAGAUCAGAGGAACAGCGGCGAAGGUUCAUGGACUUAAUGAAUUGUGGUUGGAGUCUGUGGGGCAGAGAUGUCAUUGCUGCAUUUGAUCUAUCUCAGUUUCCAAAUAUUUGUGAUCUGGGAGGAAGUGGUGGUGCCUUGGCUAAGGAAUGUAUUUAUUUGUAUCCAAAUUGCAAAGUCUCUAUUUUUGACCUGCCUGAAGUGGUAAAAGUAGCAAAAAAGCACUUUGUAUCAGAGGAAGAACAACGGAUUCAUUUCCUAGAAGGGGAUUUUUUUAAAGACCCACUUCCUGAAGCUGAUCUGUAUGUUUUGGCGAGGGUCCUCCAUAACUGGGAUGAUAAAAAGUGUGUACAGCUGCUAACCGAAGUGUACAAGACCUGCAAACCUGGCGGUGGAGUACUAGUAAUUGGCAUGGUUGUCAAUGAAGAUCGAUGUGGGCCUUUAUUGUCCCAAUUUUAUUCUUUGAUUAUGUUGCUUCAUACUGAAGGAAAAGAACGAACCCUAUCAGAAAUCAACAUGCUCCUCAGUGCAGCUGGCUUCAAGGAGGCUGAAAGAAAGAAAACGAACACCUCUCAAGAUGUCAUUUUGGCAAUAAAAUAAUGCUGUCCAGGAUGUUUCAUUUUCUCCAGUGUGUAAAAGGAGUUAAA